CCAUUGCGGUCGUUUGUAUACCCCACCUCCGAUCCAACAGGUGAAAUGACUUUACCUGAGCUUCAGUAAGUGAAUGUUGACCAGGUAGCUAGGAGCACCUGAGUGAUUUUCGUCCGUUCGAUUGUUAGUUAGUGUCCUUUUGUUCAGCAAAGUGCCUCAGAUUUAAUUCAACGUACCUUUUUAUUGAACAAUUGCGUGCUCAUGGAAAACGUAUAGCCGACCAUUGCGUAAUUCUCAGUUUUCCACGGAUCGCCGGAAUAGAAAACUACCACCAAACGUAUCCUGCGGACGAUCAUGUUCUAAACUCUCCCUGGCGUGUGAAGUGUUUUCCUUUUCGUAUUAUUUAACAGGUGUAUUAAGAACGAUAUACGGUAUAUUAAUAGACAGUGACAUAAUAUGUGUGCAUAGGACAGUUAAUUUUAGUUUUUUUCGUUCCGAGGAUUACAAACAGAUUGACGAAUUUCCAGUUUCCAGAUAAUGGACGCGGACAGUAGUUACGGAGGGAGUGAUACAGCCCAUGAUGGGACCUUAGGUCAAGAUAGUAAUUCAAUGGACACAUCUCAUAGUAAUCCAUCCCACGAUCCCACCAACACAAAUUCACGCAGCUCACCUGAUUCGAGUAAUUAUUACAAAAAUGAAAUAUCGCUCCCCGUCAAUUGCGACGAGGGCGAUUUUCAAAAAAACGGAAAAACACCAACGUUACCCCAGUACCUUUCCACAGCCAACUUCAACAUCGACGCGACGUUAGAGAACCACAAUAAUUUAGAAGAACUGAACAAAAAAUAUCGAAGCUCGCAGAGAUUAAACGAAACCCCGAAGUCAAGUAAAAAAGAUAAGGCCGGUCUGGAUAAUCCCGCUUAUCUCGAUGACGAAAACGUUAAAGUCAAUAAUGAUGACACGAUGGGUUAUAGAAACGGUAACUUGAACAGUUCGCCGAAAUUGGGACACGAAGAUGAACCUCAAGCCGAAGCUGUGAAUCUAGAAUUAAUUAAUUUAAAACCAAAUGGCAAAGAUGUCACUGGGCCGUACGAAAAUGGUAAAGGUAUUAGUGGAAUUCCUGUUAAAAAGGAUAAUUUUGAAAGCGGUACGCCGUACGACGAAUAUUUCGUUCCGGUUAAUGAACAUCGAAAAUAUAUGAGUUACUUCCCCUUCGACACUACCACCCGUAAUAAGGGCAGAAACAGUGUAACAUUUGCAGAAACGACGGUGUCUUCUACCACGGGGGUGGAUGAUUUUGGCCUUUCGGUUACCACACCUGAACGAGGCAUUGUCGAAUAUCCCGAUUGGCUCAACGUUCAAGAAAAUUCACGGUACCAACAUUCGUUCAUAUCACCACUCAUUGGCUCAGGCUUUAGUACGUACUUUAAAACUGAUUCAAACGUUUUGGUGUUAGUUGGCAUUAUUGGAAAUCCGGAAGCUCACCCUAUCGAAGAAGGCAGGCACUUUGGAGGUUCAUCAUCAACUGAUUCUAUUAAAACGGCAGGAGGGUUAUUUGGUUCAAAUAGCGACGGAAGAACCAUGGAAGCUGAGAAAGCGCCGAUAACACCAAGUCCCCCUAGUAGUACAGUACCCAGUCUCCCUCCUACAACUCCGAAACCAUUAUCUGAAGUUACAGUACCUCGAACCAUACAGUCUCAGUUUAAAAUUGACAACCUCCAAUACGAACCUGAAUUGGGCAACAAAAACAGUUCAGAAUUCAAGGAAUUAGCAGAAGCCAUAGAGGAAGAACUGAAAUCAAUUUUAUUUAGCAGAGAUGUUUUAAAUUACGGAUCGGCAGAAAUUCAGCUCAAAGUUCUCGAAUUUUCACCUGGAAGUGUAGUGGUCAAAUUUAGGGUCGGUUGGGUUAUGAAGGAUGGCGUUCACAAUGCAAAAGAUCCAAUUGACAGGGAUGCCUUAGAAAAAAAACUCCGGGACGCUUUGGCUUACAACCACGGUUACAUUGCAAACUACCGUAUAGCAGAUGAUAGUGUAACUGUUGAAACAGUAAUAGAUUUAUGUAAAACGAACAACAAUAACGGCUGUGAAUAUAACUGUUCCUUUAGUUAUAAGAUCGAGGACUUCAUAUGCGAAUGUCCCGAAGGAGAAUAUAUUCAAGAAGACGGGAAGAAGUGUGGACAGCAACAUCACUUAACUACGGAACAUAUUGAUCAUAAUCAUGGAUUUGAACAUUCGAAUGAAGGAGAUGAUAAAGAACAUGAACAAGUUGCAGCUACGUUUGAAACAUCUUCGGUCCCUCAUACUGAAAAAGAAGUUAAAGCGGAAACUACUGUGAGUCCCGCUACGCAACCAUAUGCUACUUCUUCUCAUGAACCUGAAGGUGUAAGUGAGGAACAUGAACACCAGGAAGAACAUGAACAGCAUGAACAUGUUACACCAAUAAUUACGCUAAUAUCAACUCAAACUCAUACAACGAUCCAAGAACCUGUUCAAGAAACUUCAGCCCAUGAAGAUGACAAUAUUCAAGAAGAAUAUCACCCUCUUCAGUUGCCUGUAACAACAACUACAACUACUGAAACACCUGUAACAUACGGAAACGUAAAUGAGGUCAUUCCACUUUCUACCGAAAAGGAUCUGAAGGAAGAGGAAGAACAAUCGACUGAAAUCAAAGAUGUGAACGAACCCGAACAAGCAACAACCGGACUCGUUGACAGCCAUUCUCAUUCUGAGGAAGAUACUGGACUCCAAACAUCGGUUCACGUCAUCACCACAACAGCACAAUCUAUUUCUGAAACUACUACACAUUCGCAAUCUCCAAUGUAUUGGGAAAACGAAACGAACCAACCUAUUCAAGAAACAAGUUUACCUAGCAGAACGGAAUCUGUCAAUGAACAUCAAGAAGAAGAAGAACAAGAGGAAGAAAAUACUUCUACUCAUGUACUUUAUACCACUUCUACGCCGAUACACGAAGAAUCAGAAGAGGAGGAAGAAAAACAUGUGGCAACUGAAGUUCAUUUACCAGUUGCAAAUGAAUCUUAUAGUUCAGAAAGAACUGAGCCCGCAAACGUAUCUCAUGCUUUAGAAGAAACCGAAUCCGCAGUUGAAACAACAACGGAACCCAGAAUACAAACCCCUAAACCUUUUGAAACGGAAGAGUCAGAACACGGAAAUAAUGAGACUUCAGUAUCUCACGCGACUUCUUUUGAACAAAUAACAACAGCGUCAUCGGUUGCCGAAUCGGUCACAGUUAAUCCCACGACAACAGAAAACUUGAUCUCCAUACAUUCUUCCUUGCCUCAUCAACUAAUUGAAAAUUAUACAACUACGAGCCCAGUAGUUACAGUUUCUGAAAGUGUUAGCGUAACAAACACUUAUAACGAAAUGGAUAAUGCAUCAGAUUCCGAUAGACAACCUAAAUUUGAUAUCACUUUAGGACAUACUCCAGUUGAACCCGAAAUGGAAUAUCAUACCCAUGAUCAUGAAGAUGAAGAUGAAAGAGAAACCAUACCCUUUAUGCAUCAAGAGGUACAGCUUGUUACUACCGACAGGAUAAAAACUGAAGAGGCUACGAUCAGCAGUGUGGAAGAACAAAGCAGUCAUACCGAAAAUUCGUCGUUACCAUUUGGUUUAGUGCAUAAAGAGGAAAACAAUUCAAUGAUGGCAAUCAACGAAACCGAUGGGGUAUUAACCACCACUUUCACUCCAUACACUAGUGAGGAAAGCCUUUUUGUACACCAUACUUCUCCCCCUUCAUUUCUCGAAAGUAGCGAAGAAGAAGACGAAACACAAAGUACAUUAAUGGAGGACUCUAAUGAAUCUUCUUCAACUGCUCUUUCAGCUAGUUCAGAAGAAAUGAAGGUCGAGCCUACUCAAACGACGACAAGCAGCGAAAUGGAAUUAACAAGCUUCCAAGAAACAUCUACGUCGACGGAGUAUACAUUCUCAGGAAGAAGUUUUGAGUCAAAUCAUCCCGCUUUGUUUGCAAAUGAUCAUAACAACGUGACAUACUUAGAAGAUAAUUCAACAAUGUCAAAACAGAUCAAUAUAAACGAAACGUUACAUAGACCACUCUCUACAUUUGAAAAUGAUAAUCUAAAUGGUGAGGAUGAGCGACAAGAAUUCACAACAUCUACUGUUGCUCCUCGUUUGGAUAAUGAUGAAAAAAAUGUCACGAAUCCCCUUGAUCCUAACGUUACUGAUGUCGCAUUAGGGGUAUUACCAUUAGAAGAAGAUAAAUCGGGUCGUUCACAAAAUUCAUCUAGAAGUACUGAUAACACAGAAAUUAACACUACAACCAAUACGAAUGAGACUGAAAAUACGUCAGUGCCUGAAAUGAUCGCAGACGAUCACAAUACCAUUAGUUCAACUACGUACUCAAUAGCCGCGGUUGAAAAUUCGACACAAGAAUCCACAAAUAAUACAUCACCAACAGAAAAACCACUGAAUGAUACUGACAUUGAAGUUCACAAAUGGGAAGAUACUACAACUACCGUUUCAAAUGUGUCAGAGGAGUAUAACCAGAAGAACGAGUCUUCCACGGUAUCAUUUGAGAAUUUAACCACAGAAAAUGAUAUUAAUGAUGAGGAACAAAGUACUUCUUUAUCAUUAUUUAAUGCGGUAGAACCAAUUACACUUAAAUAUGAGCAAUCCACAAAUCUGAGCAGCAACGAGAACGCUGUAAAUGAGUCCGCAGCAGAACCAUCACAUUUAAUGGAAACUUCAAACGGUACCAAUGAAAACAAUGACACCACAAUAUCUCAACUUGAAAGUUACGUUAAUGGAACGAACGAAAUCCAUACGAACAAUGCUACCUCAAAUUCUGAUGAAGAUCUCAUUGCAAUGGAAACCACCACAACUUCUUUACAAAAACCUAAGAUGUUUUCGAAUGUUCCUGUUGAAGAAAGCACAAUGAAUAAUAACGAAACUGUAGCAAAUUAUUCCUCAAUCUCAGAAGCACCUGACUCUAGUAAAACAAUUCCGGAACCGAAAGAGAACGAAACCAGCACAGAAAGUCAUUCCUUCGGAGAUGAUAUGUUGAUUACCACUGCUAGUCAUAACGAAACAAGUCACUUAUACGAAGUUCACGAGGUCACUGAUGACAUAACGACACCAACUCCCACAAGAACGUUCAAUUAUAGUCCUUUGCCUGUUAUACCCCUUACGGAUUCGGAGCCCAUUGAGAAUGAGAAAAUAAACAUUGAAUCUGAUAAUUUGUACAGUAGCAACUUAAAUGAUAUAUCAGAUGAAAAGGAAAAAUAUUCAAGUAAAUACUACUAUAGCGACAAGAAAAAGGAAUUCUCGAAAACAGUGGACGCUCCAACUACCGAAAGCAUCCAAGGUAGUAAUAAUACAGACCAGGAAGAAGACCAUCUCAUUGCCACAGACUUCGUAAGCCAUAUCACUAUCACUGACAAACCGAACAACGCUACUAUUGCACCAAUUAAUAAUUUAUCAUCAACUCAGACAACAAAUACUAUCAUUGAGUCAACGGAACCAGUUUAUAAUGUGACAUCUGAAGUUAAACCUGUUGUAGAAGGAUACACGUUGAGUAGUUUCUCAAGAUGUUCCGCUGGACAAUUCCAGUGUGUCAAUGGAACAUCGACCAAAGGAGGAAGCUACUGUGUCAGCAACAGUGACCGGUGCGACUCAGUAAAGGAUUGUACCGAUGGAUCUGACGAAGUUGGUUGCGACCAAGAAAAUUGCAAAGACAAUUUCCAAUGUAAAAGCGGACAGUGCUUGAAGAGGCAUCUCGUCUGUGACGGUAUUUUCAAUUGUGACGACAAUAGCGAUGAAGAAAACUGUGAAUCUUGGAAAUGCAACUUUGAUGAAUUAUCCUGCGGGGACGGUAAACGAUGUAUCCCACUUUCAUGGAAAUGUGACGGUAAAUCCCAUUGCUUUGACGGCAGAGAUGAACAAAACUGUCAUUCUCAACCUUGUGAAAGCAACCAUUUCUACUGUUCCGAACAGGAUUCGUGUAUUCCUGCUUCUUGGAGAUGCGAUGGUGUCGAUGAUUGUAAGAGUGGAGAAGACGAAAAACUGUGUGAAUGUGGUAUUGACCAAUUUAAAUGUCAAACCGGAGGAGGAUGUAUCCAAGCCGAAAAUAGAUGUGAUGGAAUUGAGCAAUGCCCAGAUCUUUCCGACGAAUGGAAUUGUCUACGCCUUAGGGAAACUAAUGACACCUCUUCAUACCUUGAGGCUUUAGUUUCGAACAAUUCAUGGCAACCAAUUUGUGCAGACUUCUGGAACACUACGUAUUCCGAUUUGGCAUGCCAAAGUAUGGGCUAUGCGAAAGCUACAUCUACAAACUAUAAAUUACUUGAAAAGAGCUCUUCAGGCUCACAAUUUCUAAAAUUAAAUCCUUCCGAACGCUAUGGAGCGUCACUUUCAGCUCAACUUAUAAAGACUGAUUCAUGUGAUAAUGUAGUUACUUUAACUUGUCAAGAGAAUGUGUGUGGAAACAAUAAUGGUUUAGAUACUAGUUCCUUUGGUAGCAAAAACGAAAAUGGUAAUGAAAAAGGAUGGCCUAGUAUUGCUCUUCUUUUCAACAGAAGAUACCAAAUUCAGUGUACUGCAAAUAUUGUUACACCAAAUUGGGUAAUAGCCAGUUAUGCUUGUUUGUACAGUGUAUCUGGGCAACCACCUAGUUCAAACCCUUACGACUGGGAACUCCUUGCAGGAGGAAAUCAUUUCUUUGAUUCCUCUGCCGAAAACUCUAGCAUUCAAUCACUCUCCGUUAAGAACAUUAUUCCCUAUCCACAGGCGAAAUAUUCACAAUUCAUAUAUCGGAACAAUAUUGCUUUGGUGCAGCUGAUGAAACCCUUAGAUUUUGAGAAAAACAUUUCUGCUGUAUGCCUUCCUCCUCAGAAUGAGGAACCAAAUCAGUAUUGUAUAACAGUCGGGUGGAGCAUGAAGAAACCGGGAGAAUCUUCGUUGAAAGAGUACUUACGUUAUUUGCCAGAUUUGAAUCAGAACAAAAGGGACUGCAAUUCUUCGGAUCAUUACAAUGGUCGCUUUACAACAGAUUUGUUAUGCGUUGAUCAUCUUACAACGGAUGAACCUUGUGAGGACGAUCAAGGUGCUCCAUUGAUGUGUUUCUCAGAGUCAUCCCAAAAUUGGGAACUUCGGGGUUUGUUGAGUCUUGACGGAAACUGUCAAAAGUUCCAUCGUCCUUCGUUGUUCACAAGCACGUCCGGUGAAAUUGGUACAUGGAUCGAAAACACAAUAGGAACAAAACCAAAACCGUUUAAUAACAAACUCCAAUAGUAGUGAUUGUUUUUUGUUUUAAUAAUUAUUGUUAUUUCGUGGUAAAAGUAAAAUGAAAACGAACAAAAUAUCAUCAGCAAUGUCAACAUUGUUUAAGCGCAGGUCAACAAAAUUAAUUAUAUGAUUAUUAUUAUUAUUUUUAUUAUAGUUACUAUUGUACAUAAUGUAUAUUAAGAGAAAACUACCAUGCAAGUGUACAUUAGCUCAUAGGAAACACCAAUAUUUAAUUUCUGACUCCGUCUGAUGAUAAAUUAAUUUUUUUGCUAGUCACAUAAUUGUUUUUGUGCCAAUAGCAUUAUAAGCGACGGAAACCCUUUCUUUUUUUUUGUAAAUAUGACUUUAUUAAGUGUACGCAUAUAAUUUACUGUAAUAAUAAUUAUUAUUAAAUGAUAAGAUAACA